AAAAUUACCCCGGAACAACUUAACCGCCACGGUAAAAGUACUUUUCUCACGUUUCACUCGCACCCUUUCCCUUUCCCUUUCCCUAUAAAUGCUUAAUUCUCUGCGAAUCUUCUCCGUCACUUCCUCGCUCUCUUGCCUUGUAUUUUCGAACAGAAUCAGAAAAUGGGACAGUGCCUUGGUUGUAUCCAGGUGGACCAGUCUACUGUUGCAAUAAGAGAAACUUUUGGGAAGUUUGAUGAUGUGCUCGAACCUGGUUGUCAUUGUUUGCCUUGGUGUUUGGGUAGCGCAGUAGCUGGUCAUCUCUCUCUACGAGUGCAGCAAUUGGAUGUUCGCUGUGAAACAAAGACCAAGGAUAACGUUUUUGUUACUGUGGUUGCUUCUAUUCAAUACCGAGCUUUAGCUGACAAAGCUUCAGAUGCCUUCUACAAGCUCAGCAAUACCAGGGGGCAGAUCCAGUCUUAUGUCUUUGAUGUUAUUAGGGCAAGUGUUCCAAAGUUGGAUCUAGACUCAACCUUUGAACAGAAGAAUGAUAUCGCCAAAGCUGUGGAAGAAGAACUUGAAAAGGCCAUGUCACAUUAUGGGUUUGAGAUAGUACAAACAUUGAUUGUGGAUAUCGAACCAGAUGAGCAUGUGAAGAGAGCGAUGAAUGAGAUUAAUGCAGCUGCUAGGAUGAGGUUGGCUGCAUCUGAGAGAGCUGAAGGAGAUAAGAUACUACAGAUUAAGCGAGCUGAGGGAGAGGCAGAGUCCAAAUAUCUGUCAGGGCUUGGCAUAGCAAGGCAGCGCCAGGCUAUUGUGGACGGGCUGAGAGACAGCGUGCUGGCUUUCUCUGAGAAUGUACCUGGGACAUCAUCAAAGGAUGUCAUGGAUAUGGUUCUGGUGACCCAGUACUUCGAUACAAUGAAAGAGAUCGGUGCAUCUUCAAAGUCCAAUUCGGUUUUCAUCCCACAUGGACCUGGUGCUGUGAAAGACAUUGCUUCACAGAUAAGAGAUGGUCUCCUUCAAGGAAAUUCAACUCACCAGUAAAGUCCUAAUACGAACUAUGAAGUUGGAGGUGCGGCGUCUAUAAGCUUCAACGGUUACUUGUUAGCUCUAUCAUGCAAGGCAACUAAGAAUCAAUUUGGGUGUGCUUUCGUCAUUUGACAUACAUGGUAUAUAGGAGGUGGAUUUGAACGUUUUUAUAUGCUUGUUCAUAGUUGGUUGUCUAUAUUUUAUUCAGUUAGAAGCGAUGUGAACUAUGGCUGGUUUAGUUUUUUUCUGAGCAGCAGGGUUUCUCUUUUGAAAACCAUACCUGAAUAAGCCUAGAAUUCGUUCAGAUAGGCCAAGUAUUAUGUAGUAAUGCCAAGGUGAUUAUUUGGUUAUUAAUUUUUCAAUUUUGUGAAUUGAUGGUUCUGGUAUUCUUUUCAAA